AGUGCAUGUCCCGGAAUUUCGUACACAUCGACCACUGGUGUACCUUAACUAGUUGACUGCGUAUUCCGGGGCCGAAGAUCAGCUUAAUAUUCGCUUAUAAGAGCAUCUUUAUGAUAAUUCUCAAGCUGAGUAGACACUGCAGAAUAGUUCAGUCUAGUGAUGCCAGUGGCAGCGGCAGGUCAUUGCGAAUUUUUCCGUCUUCAUUCUCUCUUGUUAAUUGACGUACGGGCGUUACAAAUGUCGGCUACACGAUUGCUUUUUUUAUUGGCGCUAAUCUUACUCAUUCACAGUGAAAGCACGAGUGCACUCAAUGUUCUCGCGAUUUUUCCAUUCGCUGGUAAGAGCCAUUUCAUCGGUGGCGAACAUCUGCUGAAGUCAAUGGCACGCAGGGGUCACGUUGUGGAUGUGGUGUCACAUUUUCCUCAGAAAGACGCGAUACCGAACUAUCGUGACAUCAGCAUUCGAGGAUCCUCUCCCAUUUUCGCGAAUAAUGUGACGUAUGAACAUUUUGCAGACUUUAAUUCUCUAAACAUGAGGAAUUUCGCGGAAAUGGCGGGGACCACAGUGUGUGAGUUACUCGGUCUUCCGGUUCUCCAGGAGCUGAUGGACACACCCAAGGGGACUUACGACGUCGUCAUUGUAGAAUUCUUCGCUUCCCCUUGUUACAUUGGAUUCGGCCCAAAAUUGAAAGCUCCUGUAGUGGGCUUCGGAACGUGCAAGUUGCAGGACUGGUUUUUCAGCCCUUUCGCGAAUCCUCUGAAUCCCUCGUACAUGCCGAGCUACUUCUCAACCUUCGCCCAACGUAUGACCUUCUGGGAGAGAUUGCAGAAUACAUUCCUCGUUAACAAUGCUCGUGUUCAAUUUGAUUAUUACUUGAAGGGCCAGAUUACCCAGGUGGAGAAGUAUUUUGGCAGGAGAAUUUCAGGUCUUGAUGAGUUGUACAACGAUGUGUCCUUGGUACUCGUUAAUGAGCACUUCAGUACCAAUGACAUCAAGCCUUCGACGCCGGAUAUCAUCGACGUCGGUGGACUGCAUACUUAUGAUAAUACUCAACAAUUGACGCCUGAGAUACAAGACUGGUUGGACAGGAGCACCGAGGGCUGUGUUUAUUUUACCUUCGGCUCCACCGUGAACUUCGAAUCCUUCCCCAAGGAAUUAUUAAAAGUAUUCUAUCAGUCCUUCAAGAGUAUUUCCCCAGUGCGAGUGCUGAUGAGAGGUGAUCCCAAAGCUCAUCUCAAGGAACUGCCAGAAAAUGUCAAGAUGUUACCGUGGAUUCCCCAGGUAGCUGCACUGAAACAUAAGAACGUCAGGGCGUUCAUAACUCACGGCGGCCUCCUGGGAACUCAGGAAGCUAUCGCUCACAGAGUUCCGAUAAUCGGUAUUCCUCUUUUCGGUGAUCAACAUACAAAUAUGCGGAGCUAUGAAAACCGAGGAAUUGCUGUGGUUCUGAAUCUGAAUACCCUCAACAAAAAUUCGCUCACUGCUGCCAUUAAUUCUGUCCUGAAGGACCCAACGUACAGGGAAAAUAUUGCGAAAAUAUCUGACCUCUUCUGGGACAGGCCGAUGAGUCCCCUGGACAAGGCCAUUUACUGGGUUGAAUAUGCAGCGAGACAUGGGCCAGUCCUGAAAUCCCCAGCAACCGAGUUGUCCUGGUGGCAAGUCCAUCUAUUAGACGUUUAUGGAUUCGUCUUAGGAUGUGCUCUCACAAUUAUCUACACAAUUAUUAAGCUCAUCGCACUGCUGUCCAGGGCACUCCGUUCGCGAAAUGUCUCAAAGGCCAAGAAAAACAAGUAAAUGAAAUUAACGCAGAAAAAAUCAUGAAAUUUUCAUUGAAGACUCAAUGUAAUUUGCCACUGAAUACUCUUAUUAAAUUAUCAAUUCAAAUAAAUUGAGGAAUAGAAGAGAUGUUGGUUCCAACAUUACAGAACCGUAAAAUACAAAUUAAUAAAAAUCUAAAUAUUUGUACAUA